AUGGCCAACUCAUCUGCGCCCUUAUCAUCUGGGUGGGCACCAAUAAACCAACCAAAAGUUUUCCCGGUAUCAUCCCCUUCCCUCCGGUCGCGUUCUGCACAAUCGAGCCCCUUAGUUGGUUCCGCUGCUGCAUCGUCUAUCAAGUCGUGCUCCCAUGGUUCCUCCAUUGUGCACCCUACCGACACGUCCGUCGCUUUUUCGGACGACGCUUAUGACAACCACAUUAGUUCCUCCAGGGCCUCCUCCUUGGAACCCCUGAGUGAGUCCGGCGCUGAACCCCCUACUACGUCGGACAUUGAGCCUUCUGUCGACCCUAUCUCCCAAUAUGCCUCAGGUUCCUCCCCCUCGCCAUCGCCACAAUCUCUCUCUGAGAUUGAGAUAUCAGAUUGCUUCCCGGAAGCCCACAUAAUCCAGUUCUGUCUCUUUCUCGUCCACAACAAAUGCAUACGCGUUCAGCAACAUAUCCCUGAAUUCAAUGCCCUUCUCACCAAGCUAGGGUACGACGAUCCCGAAAUCCCACGGCAAGUCCGCGACAAGCUUAGAGUAUUGGCGAGAGGACGAAUUUUGCAGCUAGGUCAAAAGAUGGAGGCAAGUGGGGCAUUGAGAGUUACUAAUCGGAGAAGGCUCAAGAGGAAGCGCGUCGGGGAGGACGGAGAAGAGAGCAAUAAAGGAGGGGCUAAGAAGAAAGCUAGCGACGAGAGUGGAGAAGAAGGCAGCCCUAUAGGGGUUAAUAGGAUGGAUAGCGAGGAAGAUGAAGAAGAAACGAAUUAUAGAAGGGCCACGCGGAAGUGUUGCAGGGUGGAUGAGGCAGUGGGUGCUGAAACUGUCGAGUUUUCGAAGUGGACAGAGGACUGGGAUCCUCGUGGGUGGGAUGGAGACUUAAGAUGCCCUUGGGGCUGGGAGGGGUUAGUCCAAUAUCAUGGGCAGGAGAGGAGUGAAGAUGAGGAAAUAGGAGGGCAAGUUCGAAGAGAAGUCUUUGUUGUUGAGGAAGGGGAGGUGGAGGUCAAUGUGUUAGAUUAA